GCACGCCGCACCGUCCGACACGACACGCUUCGCGCUCGCGCAGUCACGUUGUGGCCGCGCGCGCGGGCAGCACCUCGAACCCUCCCCGCCCAGCGCUCGACGGGCCUUGUCGUCCGCCAUGCCCAAAAUAUGGCCGUUUGGGCGCAAGGCCACUAGAUUAAAAGAGGGUGGGCCCGCCGCCGUCGCAGAACGGAAGCGGCCUGUUGCAGGCUCCAUGCCAGCCGCCAGGGCACACGAAUUUGCCAGCAGGGACGUCCUGCGCAGCUCGCCCGCCCGUCGCCAGAGCACACGCAGCAAUCGCCGUCGCCGGAGGAGUUCACGCUCCAGUGCAUCCCUGCGCGACCUCGAAAAAGACUCGCCCACCCUCAAGGCCCUGGAAGCCCAGAGCGCCGCCCUAGCCAAAGAGCAGGGCCUCCCACGCAAUAGCGCCGACGACAACAUCACCGCGCUGCCCAACCAGCGCCGCCUCGAACACAGUCCGCACCUGCGCCCCAUAUCGCAGCAACACGGCACCAUCCCCUACAACUUUUCCUCCAAGGAACCCAACAACAAUUCGCAGUCGAGCCUCCCCACCGCACGCGAGCGGGGCAAGCUGCAACGACCCCAGUCCCUGCGCAAGUCUGUCCAUGAGUCGGGCCUCGUUCGGCGCAUUUCGAGCAAGAAACAGAAGCGGGAACAUGAACAUUUGCGAGAAGAGGAAAUCCGAGCCAUGAGCAUGCCGCUCCCGCAGAAGAGACCAGCAGGCAAGUCGGGUGACAUGCUGCGACGAGACAGCAAAAAAGUCAAGGGUAGCCUCAACCGCCGCUUCGAACGUCCCGAGUCCAAUAUCUCGCUCCCGCUCGAAGAUUCCAUACACUCCUCCAUGUCCGGCAACUCAGACCACCGCGCCUUCCGCGUGAGCGCCCUGGACAUGUUCUCACCACGGCCCACAGUACGGUGUUCCGUGGGCUCGCAAUACUAUGCCAGUGGUAACGACUCGUCGCCACUGUCCAACAAGAGUCGGUCCAACACAAAUCGCGGUCGUCAACCUGGGAGCAGAGACGCGCCGCAAGACUGGAAAGAGAAAAGAGACAAGAGGAGUAGCAGGAUAGAUGAUCUAGCAGACGAGCUUGAUACGGGUGCGCUGCGAGAGAUCAUGGACCGAGACCAGCGGCGAAGGGAGAAGAAAAGGAAAGCUGACGAUGAACGUCUGCGUCGAAGGCUGGAGCGUCGCGCUGAGAAGCAACAAGCAGCAGAGGCUGCACCGCUGACGCCAGGGACGCCUACGCAUCCCAGGAAAGGAGCACAAGGUACCAUUGGCCUGGGCAUUGAGCGCGAUGCGGACGUGCCCACGCACAUGCUUAUGGAAGACGUACAACCCUCCACGCCUCAAUCUCAACGUCGCCCUCCCCCCCUGACGCCUCAGCUCGAGGAGAUGAGCCAACUUCCCACUCCUCUGGAAAGCCCUAUGGAAGAACCGGUUAUCUCCAAUGCCCAGGCUGUUCGCUACUCCCGGGGAAGCGUCUCAGCCACUCAUACACGCGGACCUUCCAACGUUUCUCAAAUGCCCGAGCUCCUCUCGGAGCGUUUUGCCCAGGAAAUACCUAUUGAGUCGAUCGAGCCCGCACACGAUCCGGCCGCGAGCGGUUCUCUGCACGUAGUAGACACGACCGACACUGCUGCGACUUCCAAGAUGAGUACUGACCGCCGCCGCAGCUCUGAAGGGCGGCGCAUGGCCGUCUUUGCUUCGUUCUUCAGGCGCGGCAAACGUCGGUCCCAAGACCCAGGGCGUACUACACCUUCCGAGGUGUCGUUUUCGAACACAUCGCGUGAGUCCAUGUCUCGCCAGCCACUCCCUGCCCAUCUUGUCGCGCCACCACCACCGCCACCUACUGCUCCCAUCGCUAUCAAGCGCCCCUCCAGCGUUCCCCGCCGCACCAGGUCCAAGUUCAGAGAAGAUCUACCCGAGUUCACUCCGCCGGAUUCGAGAGUGCAAUCGCCCGAGAUUAUUCACAAUAGCGCUAUUGCUGCUCGGCGGAGGAGUCAGCCCCCAGCUGGUCUUCGUAUUGAGUCCGACAGUUCCGGGGCAGCCCGAACAGAUUCUCCGGUCAGCCCAGGAGUUCCCAAUGGGGGCGUGAUGUCCCAGUCUCUUGCUUCGGUCGACUCAGAAGGCUCCUGGCUGUCAGGAAAGCCCAUCAAGCGCAGCUCCAACAAAUCUCACCUGCGAUCUAGCGUCGGUUCGUCCACUGCCCUCAAAACACAAGAGCCGUUCAGUGCAUCUUAUGAAGAGCUCGGAAUUCCGGAUGAUGAAUACUUCAGGAGAUUGACUCCUCAGCCUGAUGAACACCGCCCAUCGUUGCUUUCGAGGGAGCUGUCCCGCAAACCCAGCAGCAUGGUCAUGUCCCCGCUUGAGAAUCCUCUCAAUGCUGCAGAUUCCGACAAUGAAGAGGCAGCACCUGCGAGAUCGAGGACAUCCCAAGAAGACGAGGAACUCAUGCACAGCAGCAUUGGUCGGCAUCCCACGGUCAUUCAUCACCAAGCACGUGUGAAGUCUAGAGAGGGACUGUUGAGCUUCUACCAUGAGGAGAAGCCUUCGCCUGAAGACUUCGCAGGUGAAAGCGCUGAAAUCGUGGAGGGUGAAUCACCCACGUCGGAAAAUGAACCUGUUACAGUCCAGCGCGCGCGAAGCGUUGACUUGGGCAAGCACCAUUUCCGACACCUUAGUGCUGGGUCAGCAAAGCUUUUGGACAUUCAAAAGCGAGCAAGUUCAUCGUCGCAAAGCAAGCUAACGCAAUAAGAGUAAUGAUCAAACCACAGACACGGGAGAAACAUUGAGACCACGAACGUUUGCCAGACCGCGCCCCUCAUUUGCAUUUCAUUU